UCUGCUACUUAUCGGUAUUCGGUGAUCUGGAGACCAGCACCAUACAGCUGACUCUGAGCGGGAUGCAUGCCAGCUGGUUCUACCUGGAUGGAAAAGCGGUGCGGCUGAACGUCUCGGAGGAGAAGGUGCUGGACAGAGAGGCACUGGAAACUCCAGUUCUGAUGGUCUCCUUCACUUGCACCGAGGAUGGUUUCUCACCGGUUGAAUACCGGAUCAUAGUGCAAGUCAUGAACGAAAAUGACAACAAGCCACAGUUUCAAGAAGACACUAUUGUGACGCAGAACAUCAGCGAGCUGGCUGCCGUGCACUCGGUGGUGUUCAGCACCCACGCGGAGGAUGCAGAUGGCGACACCCUCAUGUAUGUGAUCGACAGCACAUCGGCGGACGCCAGGUACUUCCGGAUUGACCUACCCAACAGCGGCAAGAUCGUCCUGGCCAGAACGUUGGAUUUCGAGAUCAAGAGGCACUUGGAAUUCGUGGUUCACGCUGUGGAAAUGAACACCAAGGAGAGGUAUAAUGCUUCAGCCAGAAUCCAUGUCAAUGUAAUGGAUGGAGACGACCAGUAUCCCCAGUUCUUGCCGUGCAACUUCCUGUCGCAUGAUGGAGUCAGCGUUUGCGUCAGCCCCAUCUACACCACAAAUAUCACCGAAGGGGAGAUCAAGACAGAGCCCCUCCACUUCCUGCCUGGCGCCAUCCAUGCGGAGGAUGGAGACCGCGAGCUGAAGGCAGCCAUUGCCUAUUCUAUCCUGUCAGGGACUGACCACGGCUACUUCCACAUGGACAACCUGACGGGGGCCAUCACCAUGUUGCGGCCGGUGGAGAGCAGGAUCCUCACCCCUCUGUAUAGCCUCAGCAUCAUGGCCUCCCAGGUGAACGACGCCAAGAAGUACGCAGUGACGGAGGUCCGGGUGAGGGUCCUGGCUGCCAAUUAUUACUCCCCCCACUUUGAGAAGCCCCAGUUCCAGGCCUUUGUCCACGAAGGCGAGAGCGUGGCCUCCUUGGUGCUCACCUACAGCGGGCGGGUGUUACUCCUGAACGCGGCUGACCUGGACUUUCCUGAUGGCUUUAACCCCAUGGUGCGCUAUACCCUGAAGCACCAGUCAAACCACACACAGCUCUUCCAGAUCACCCCAGGCGGACUCCUCAUCGCCCGAGCUGACCACUUGCAGGCCCUCCAGCGCUACGCCUUGCAGAUCAUUGCACGAGAUGAGGAGUCUGGGGAGACCACCAACACGACAGUCCAUGUGGAGGUGCUGAGACCUGGCGAAACAGUCCCCAUGGACCCUCUGGAGGCGGAACACCAGGGUGCGCUGGACUCCGGGGUCCUCGCCGGUGGCCUGGGGGCACUGCUGUUGGUGACGGCCAUUGCCCUCUUCCUCAUCUUGCGCACCAUGAAGAAGAGGCAACGGCACCAGCAGAACAUGGAGAGAGCGGCUUUAGCCAUGGAGAAGCAUCCAAAUGUGGUCAAUGCUGGGAAGCCGGUUCCAACCCCGGGAGAGAUUUAUUUCCAGAAUGAAGGCUACAGCGACUUGGGUGAUGAGGUGCCAAAGACCUAUGGAGGAGGCCAGGUGCCGAAUUCCAAACAGCCUUCGGUGAAGAGCGAGAAAGCUGUUGCUGUGAGAGAAACCCUGAUGGCCAAUUCGCUGGCCAACUUUGACCCCAGGGCAGGAGGCCAGGCCAAAAUAAACUUGACCCUGAAGCAGGAGGUGGAGGAGGAAGAAGAUGCAAAAGCAGCUCUCCUCAACGGGAAAAUGCUUGAGCAACCCAGUGAUAUCGCACCUGUUGUGGAAGACGAGGCCUUGUCGAAAAACUCCCUUGCCAGGCAGCCAUCAUCAGAAGGGGCUCAGGUGGGAGAAGAGGCAGCAACGCAAGCCGAUAAGGAGCCCCUUCCCUCUCCUGGCCCAGCUGGCGGUGAGGAGAAACCGUCGGAUGAUGUCUUGGAAGGAAUAGAGGAAGAAAAACGUCUUGAGGCGGAGAUGCUCCAAAAGGAAGAAGAAGAAGAAGAAGAUGGAGAAAAAGAAAUUCAGCAGGAAGGCAAGGGGAUGGCCAAUGGAGACACAAUCCGAACAGGGCCUCCUCCUGAAAACCCUCCUGCAGAAAGGAACUGUGUGAACAACGAAGGGGGCAGGGAGCCCGCAGACCCCUCAGGAGGGAUCGGUGAAAGGGCAGACCCUUCCCAGGCCAUCUCCGGAGCGUCUACCGUCACAGGAGCUGCUGAGGCUGACGACUCCCUUGCGUCCCCCGAAGAGGAUCCCGGAACCCCAAGGCUGCUGCGGAGAGAGAUGCAAAUGCUCAACGAGGCCUCGGAGGAUGAAGAGGAGGAGGAAGGAGAGGAGACCCCCAAGGCUCUCUCGCCCACCUAUCAAGAUUCCCUGGCAUCUCUACCCGUCAGUGACGUGAGGAUGCCUGUGACCCUUUUGCAGCUUCUGGAAGAUUCCAUCGAGUGCUAGCCGGCCCUUCCACAGCCGCCUCUGACAGCCCCGGGGUGGGGGUGGGGUCCAGAUUAUGCCCUCCGGGCACUGCCUAGAAGGGUGGCUUCGUCAGGAGGGCCUCCGUGCCCCAACAACUGCAUGUUCGCACGGGUGGCGGUCGGGGUGGCCCUUGGUUUCCGGAGUGCAUUCGGAGUUUGUGGGCUUUGCCCUCUGAACUUCCUUCUCCCACAUAAAUGGAUGUCCUUUCCUAUAUUCAGUGGAAGGUGCACGGUUAGGGUGAGGAGGGACAUGCAUACAACCUCAUUCCUUUCUCACUGUAGUCCGGCAAGAGACUUGCAAGGUCGGAAGGGAGCUCAAGGUCUCCGUGAAGGUUGCCAAGGCAAGGUACCACCCCCUUCAGCCACGUUGGGUGGCCGACCCUCGAAUUUGGCCCACAAACCCUCCAUCCAUGAGAGGGUUGUCUCUUUUUUCCACCCAAACCGUUCACGGGGCAUGAAAAGCAAGUAUGCUUUUUGUAGGGAAAUGAAGAUUUCCGAAGGGACAAUGUCG